UUUUUAAAUGUAAUUAGAACAAAACUCAAACAAAUUUACUGCACAACACGAAACACAACCGAACACGACGGAUGCUCGUACAACAAGAAGAAUGAAAAAACUUGCUAACCAUUAAAGGCAGCCCACACACAGUGGUUGCCAGAUUGAUAUAGAUAAUUUUAAACAAGUUCAUUGAAAAUACAAAUAUAAUCGAUGUAAUUAAAGAUUAUAUUAAAGAUAAAUAUCCAACAGCCUUAGAAACAUAUCUCACGGAACCAGAAAUCAUGUUCAGGGUAAAAAAGACAUAUAACGUUUUUUACAAAAGACCACAGCGACGAUGUGUAGCACCAAUGAAAUAUGUUCGCAUCACUAGUGACUGUGAUGAAAACACAAAACAACGUUUGUUUAAAAUUCCACACUAUUAUAAACAUUUGUGUGAAAAUAAAGAUAAUGAACAUCAAAGCGUAAAAAAAAGUUUAAAGAAACAAGAUAGUUCUCCACAUAAAAAUAUAAAUAGGUAAAUAUUAAGUAGAGAAAUGAUUGAUUAUUUAGCCAUUAAAAAAUUUAUGUAUGUGCAUUAUAGCGUUACCGAUAAAAAGAUAUUAGAAGAAAAGAUCCUGGGACUAAAGAGUAUUAUAUCAAAUUUUGAUGCUAACAACAAAGAAACAAAUGAAAAAGUGCGCAACCUUCCAGUCAGUUUUGAAACGUUUAAAAGGUUAACUUUUCACAAUGAUGUUAUUGCUAACAUUUGCCAAAGCAUAAAGGAGUUGGAGUAUGAGUUGCCAAUUUCAAAUAUAUCAAAAGAAGAAUUAUUUGAUAAUAAUAAAUUACUUCGGAGUUACUACAAAACAUUUUACAUGCAAACGGUUAUUCGGACAAUAUUUCCAUUGAAAAUAAAACCAUGUCCAGGACGUUUUAAGGACAAACUUUUGAAAUAUCCAGAAAUUACGUCAGAUCAUGAAGGUAAAUAAAAA